UUGCAGUGUCAGCUGUUGGUCACUGAUGGGGUAAACACCUGAAGAUGAUGAGGGAGAGAGCCUAGUGGAUACCAUGCGUUCCAUUCUGGCUCCCCGCAGGCAGACUCUGACGGUUUUACUUGCCUGAAGCAGGACAGGUGUUUAGCCCAGGCUCCUGGGCUACAGUGGCAGCCAGAGGAGCCUGGCUGCCGGGACUCAGAGAGCACCGUGCAGGUCCCGGGACGCGCCCCUUGUGCAUCUGCGAACUUCCGGGCAGGUGGCCCACGGUGGCGACGGGACGUGGCAGGUGCGGCUCGCGGGACGCCGGCCCCACCCACACCCCCGCCCCCACCGCUCCUCUCCCUCCGGGCGGGAGGACCUGAGGGCGUUGGCUGGGGGCGGGCGUUGACCUGGUGACCGUGGCGCUGCCCCAGACCCGGGUCGCAGUCCCACUCGCUCGGAGCCCCGACCCCAGAGCCUCCCUCCCGGGAAAAAGCGGCCGCGCCCGCCCUGCGCCCAGCUCCGCCCUCUGUCGGCCCAGGCCUGAAGGAGCCGGACAGCCAUGAGCGCCAACCCCCGAUGGGACAUCAGCAGGGCUCUGGGGAUAGCCAAGCUCUUUCACCUGCUGUGCGGGGUCCGGGAAGCCUGCGUGACCCCGUUCCUGACCCUCUACCUGAGGCAGCUGGGCUUGGCCGCGCCCUGGGUGGGCAUCCUAAUGGGAACCAAGCACCUGAUCGCUGCCUUCUGGGCUCCCAUCUGUGCCAUCCUGGCCAAAAGCUACCGGAAACGGAGAACACUUCUGAUGGGCUCCCUGCUUGGCUCGGUGGGGGCCAGCCUGCUGAUGGUCCUGGUUCCACUGGCAGACAAAAACUGGGUGCACCUCCCUUGUAAUGGAAGCAGCAGCGUAACCAGCACUGACGCACUACUGGGGGUCACACUACCUGUGAACAUCACCUUGGCCCAAGAGCCUGCCUCUAGCCACCCAACCAAGAGGACUGGAGAGGUGGAGGUGCCUAGCUUCAGAAAGCCACCUGGUGAAAGUGACCAAGAAACUUUUGGUGAUCUUCACAGCUACUUAGCACUCUCUGUAGAAGGAGCUAGGACCACAUCCCAAGUUCUCCUCCAUCCUGACACUUCAGGGCUGAAAGGUCAUCCCUGGGAAGUUACUUUUGAGGUGGUCAAGACUGACCCCCCCUUGCUUCCUGCCGGGAAAGGUCCCGGAAAUCCAGCCAAUUUGUCAGGGACCCAGGGGAAACCCUGGGCUUUUGACUUGUCCUUGGAAGGGUUGCGGUGGACUUUCAUCCUCUCCUUGGGGUCCUUGGCAUUCUGGGAGCUGCUGACAGCACCUCUGGAGCAGGUGGCAGAUGACAGCCUUUAUGAGUACCUGGAUUUUGUUGAUGCCACUGACCGAUACAGAAGCUUGUCGGUCUGGAGGUUGCUGGGCAUGUCGGCAGGUGUGUGUGGCAUCGCAGCCUUGGUGGAGCAGCUGGACUGCUUCCUGAUGACCAGUGGCCCCCAGGGUGUGGUCCACUUCUAUGGCUACUCGGUGGUCAGCAUCCUGGCCUUAUUGAUGAGCAUUGCCUUUCCCAUUCCCAUCUAUCGGCCGUGGGAGCCCAGCUAUAAAAGCGUCAAAGCAUUGUCUAUUGUGAGGGGCGACCCCCGCCUCAUUCUCCUCGCCUCCACCAUUGUUUUGAUAGGAGCCAUCAUCAGUACUGUCCAGAACUUUCUGUUCUGGCACAUGAAGGACCAUGGGAGCAGCGAGCUGGUCAUGGGUUUUUCGGUUGCCCUCAGCUUGAUGGGGGAAAUUCUGCUUCAUCUGUUUGAAAUGACAUUGCUUAGGAAACUGUCCAGGGCAGGCCUGGUGGGGCUGGGGCUGGGCUGCCUCGCUGGGCAGCUGCUCUACUACUCUUUCCUGUGGAGCUGGUGGUCUGUCCUCCCUGUUCAAAUCUUGAGUGCCAUUAGCAAUGGGGCUCUGUGGUGGGCUGUGGAGGCCUCAGUAGAGGACCUGACCACUCCCCACAUGGAGAGGGCUCUGAGUGCCUUGUUCCGAGGCCACUUUUACAGGAGUGGCUGUAGCCUGGGCAGCUUUGUCGGGGGCUUCGUGGUGAUGCGCUUCAGCCUGGCUGUGCUCUACCAGGCCUGCUGUGUGGUUCUGUUGCUCUGGUUGGCCUUUUUCCUGUCCAUACAGCGGAGGCUGCCCCAAGAGCAGAAAAUCAAGUACUCAAAGCUGCUGUCUCUGGAGGUGAGUGACACCAGUGACUCUGAGCAGGGGACAGAACGGGACUGGCUUGUGAAGGCCAUGAGGGAAGAACCAGACUGAAAGGGCUGAGAAAUCCAGAGUGUUAUGAUCUAGGAAGGAAUGAGGGGACUGAACAAAGCUCAGCCUGCCAAGGACAGAAACCUGCCCUGGACUGCAGGGAGCCUUGGGGAAGAAAGGGGAGGGUGUCUAUGCUGAAGGCCCAAAAGGAUCGUCUCAUUGCAUGAUUUUCUUUACUUUUGUAGUAAAAGGAGAUUUAACGUCUUGCCAUUCAAUCUUUUUUUAAACAAUGAGGGAAGAAUACAUUUGCUUUUAAAAA